GAAUUCUGCUGUCAGGUACGGCGCGGAGGUGGCAGGCCGUUUCCCGUCAAAGUCCGCUUGCACACAUCUCUGCUGGGGCGUUCCUUGUUUUUCUCCGGGUUGCACCACCGUCUGUUCUGUUCUCUUGUUUUCUUGCAUCACCUUACCAAUUCCCACGUCGAGGAUCUUCAUUGCAUCAUCCAAUGUUCUUCCCGCAUCGCCCCUGCUGCUCGCAGAUACGGCCUCUACCCAGGUGUGGCAGCCUAUCCACAUCUUGGAAUUACGCCAUACACACCGCACACCUUGCUUUUGAGGCGCUCAUCCUAAUUUACUCGGAAUCACCCCCUUCUUCGCAACGAUUUCAGCCCAGCUCAAGCCACAUGGGAAAAUGCGCCGGUUUCUCGAGUUCGGUUCCCUGGAGUCAGGGUCUCGCUCGGGAGUGGGCAGCAGUCGGGAAACAGCUGGACAUCCUGGACUCAGCGGACGAAUCAUGGCACCGGGAGGCAAAUUCCGAACUGCCCGGUGGCGCCCUCGUGUUCCCCUUGUGGUGGGUGACGCGAUGCAGCCACGGGAUGUCAACUGUUUGGGUAAUCUUCCCGACCGUUCUACACGUGGCGUUGCCGCUGGGCUGCCGCGCUGUCUACCCAAAUCAGACCCAGGUCUUGCCUCGCAAAUCUUGUCACAUCACACACAUCCGCUUCCCCGGAACCUGGACUGAUGGGUCGAUAUUGAUCCGCGUGGCUGAGCCCUGCCUGGCUGCCCAAUGUCAUGCUUUUCGUGCCUGCUUUCAUCCGUCUUACUCGCCUCGUUCCCGCAUGGUAUUUUUGGAUAGCGUUGUUUUUACUGAAGGGGGUGUGGAGGAACUUAACUGAUAAUCGUCUGUAUACGAACCUAGUCGUUUUCGUCGAUGGCGGUGGUUUUCAUUCGGUGUUGGUUGUGUGACUAUCGUCUUCUC